AUGCAGUCCUUCGUCCACUCUGCUGCUACCUCACACGACAAUACAGCGUGGAACACGACACAGGGAGUAUGGAACGAGACACUCGACGAAUUCAUCGACCUCCAGGCGAUGGACUUAGCAACCGGACACGCUCUGCUAUGCUCAACGAAUGAUGGCCCAUUGCAUGGAUUUCAGACCGCGCCAGUACAUGUUCACGAACCCUUUGAUAAUCUUUCCUCUACCAAUGGAUUGCAUCAUGCGCAGAUUCUCACGCAGCACAAGGCAGAUUCACAGUCGCAUGAAAGGCAGGGUUCGAACGCCGCAGCCGGCGAAGGCGACAUGCAAAGCCAAAUCAACGAGCUCAGAAAGGUUGUUUCCUCUCUAAUUGCCGAGAAAUUGCCCAGCAACGACGGUCCUCGACCUAACAGACAGGCUCGCCUGUUUGGAUCAUUUUCUUGCAAUCAGUCAGACCAGGACAGUUCUCGCCUGGCCAGCGGCGUCAGCACACCUCUCGAUGGUCUUGCUUCUCCGUUUGACCUUUCAGAUGAUUCGCCAAUCUAUUCUAGAAGAGGGUCGGCCGCCAGCGUUGGCUCUCUACCUACCAAGCGUGGGUCCAGAAUACCCGGAGGAUAUCCUUGCGUCAAAUGUAAUGCUCGAUUUGAUAUCCCAGGUGACCUUCGACAUCAUGAGCGGAACCACCUCCCCAACGAAGAGCGUCCCCAUCAAUGCUCUCAGUGUGACCAACGCUUCCUGUAUCCGAAGGACGUCGCAAGACACGAGCGUCAGGUCCACAAAACGAGCAAAGUUGAUCACGCAGAGCACCAAGACGCAGAAUGCCCGACUCCGGACAAGCGGAAGGAGAGCCACCCUCUCGUAUGUGCCUAUUUCCCACAAGCACCUCGGGUAUCCUCAGGUUGACUGUUUUUUUUUAGAAUUCAAGACAGCGUAGGGAACGGAAACGACAGUUGCUCGACACUCAAGCGGCUGUCCGUUCACGUGAGAGACGCAUACGACAGUCCCGCCUAUCUUUUGAGCAGAAGAGUCCACCGAAUACUCAGCCCAACAGCCGGAGUGGAUCACCCGAACGCAGACGGUACUCCGCUAUCCCUGACAUUAUUACCGAGGAUACCGGCAACGCGAAGCUUGACCUUCUCCUGCCAGACCCAGAAGCCGAUCUAAGCCAAGCCGUGAAGGAUCUCCAGACUCAAGUCUCUGCUCAACAGGACACGAUCAGCGAUCUUGAGCAUCAGCUAAAGGAGACCAAGCGCGAUGCCGAGGUAUGGCUUUCUGAACGAAAUACCUUGGGCAACUUACUUGAGCAAUACACCAGGAAUUUCUCGUCUGGCAGUCGUCAUGCGCCGCUCCAUCACCUCGGGUCGACUGAGUUGCCUCAAUCGGCUACUGGCAACACCGAGCCCAUUGAUUUCAAUCAAUGGGCUGACUUUGACAUGGGCAAACCACCUUGA